AUGUUGUUUGGAGAAAAGAUAUCGAGUGAAGAUUCUUCUUCUUCACUUGUUACUCAAACUUUGAGAAACAAUCCAAUGUGCACAUGUGGGUCACCCGCUUCGCUUAGAACAUCGAAUACGCCAAGAAAUCCAGGUCAAUCAUUCUUUGGGUGUUCAAAGUACAAUUCUCAGGGGUUACCACACUGCAACUAUUUCAAAUGGGCAGAUAGCGAUAGCGGCCAUGAAAGAAAAAAAGGGCUUCUUAAAAUAGAAAUGAACUCCUUAAGGAAGGAGGAAGAACUUCAGAAAACUAAGGCAGAGUUUCAACAAAUAGCCAAAGAGUUGCGAAGAAGAGAGGAAGAGGUUCGAAGUUGGAUGGAAAAUGUUUGA